CUUAACUUCGUUCCAUGCAGAAAUUGUAGACUCAGCAACCAAAGUCGAGACUCAUUGGAACCUUGUGCAGGAACACCACCUCGAAGCCCCAGCGACCCAGACUUUAGCAUCUUUACCCCGCCAUUCGAAGUCUUCAACCGCGAUUACCCCGCAGCAACCAUGGCAAGCACCACCGUCGCGGGGCAGAACUCUGAUGUCCGCAUCGAAGUCAUCUCCCAGCCCGAAGACUUCACUCAAGUCACCGAAGUUGUCCGUGACGCAUUCGGUCACCAAGCUCGCGAUGGUGUCUACCUGUCCAUGAACCCCGGCUGGGACACACCGGAAGGCGUGGUUCGCGGCGCCGGUCGCAUGGCUAACCGCUUCAAAACCGUCAACAAGAACAACAAGGGCGAACCCAAUGUCGUAUUCCUCAAGGCCACCCUUCCGGAUCCCGAAACUGCCGGGCAGCGCAGAAUCGUAGGCAUGGCUAUCUGGGCACAGCAGUCCGCUAUUGAAGGUCACGGCGAUCAGCCCCCGAAAGACUUGAUCAAGGAGCUCGGGCUGGAGUCCAUCUUCCCCGGCAACGAAGCCGAGCAGCGAUACGCCGCAGCCUGUAUGGGAUCGCUACACAAGCGACGUGAAGAGGUCAUCGCAGAGAAGGCAACGGCGGCUGAGCCGGCAGUUUUCGUGCUGGACAUGUGCGCCGUGGAUCCCAAGUUUCAGGGUAAGGGCAUCGCCAAGAAGCUGGUUCAGUGGGGUCUCGAUGAGGCGAAGCGACGUGGCGGGCUUGAGCUGCUCCUUGAGGCGUCAAGUAUGGGUAGACACGUGUAUUCCAAGCUGGGUUUCAAGCAAGAAGGUCCAGAGAUCGAAUAUGACGUUGAAGAGCAAUUCGCGCACCGAGACAGGCCUUCGAAUAUUUUCAUGAGGACUGGAGACGGCCAGUGA